AUGGACAAGGGACCGGGCGGAGGCGGCGGAGGGGGAGACGGAGGAGGAGGAGGGGGGAGGAAGAAGCCCGGGGGCGGCAGCGCCAGCAGCAGCAGCCGGAGCAGCAGCAGCAGCAGCCGGGCCACCUCGGCCGGCUCGUCCCCGUCCUGCUCCUCCUCCUCCGCCGCCGCCGCGGGCCGGGGGGUCCCGGGGGUCCCGGGGACCCCGGGAGUCCGCCCGCCCGGGGAGCCCGUCCUGGAGGGCGUGCUCAGCAAGUACACCAACCUCCUCCAGGGAUGGCAGAACAGGUACUUUAUGCUGGAUUUUGAGUCUGGGAUCCUACAAUAUUUUGUGAAUGAACAGAGUAAAAGCCAGAAGCCUCGAGGAGCCCUGUCUUUGGCAGGCGCUAUAGUCUCUCUGAGUGAUGAAGCGCCGCACAUGUUGGUAGUGUACUCUGCUAAUGGAGAGAUGUAUAAACUGAGAGCCGCCGACGCGAAGGAGAAACAGUAUUGGGUGACUCAGCUUCGAUCCUGUGCCAAAUACCACAUGGAAGCUAAUUCCAAGAGCACUCCAUCCUUACGAAGCCGAAGCCUCACUUUGCUUCCUCCUGGAACACCCGAUUCUGCAUCUCCCAGUAGCCAGAGGCAUCUAAAUCCCGGGGGCCCCAGUGUUGUCACCAUUACGCAUCAUAAGUCACCUGCAGCGGCCCGGAAAGUGAAGAACCAGUGUGCCGGUCAACUCCAUGAAGUCAGAGAGAUGAUGAGCCAAGUCGAAGGGCAGCAGAAGAAUCUGGUGCAAGCCAUCGAGUCGCUUCCGGGUUCUGGCCCCAUAACUGCCCUGGAUCAAGACCUGCUGCUUCUCAAAGCAACUUCUGCUGCCACUUUGAGCUGCCUCGGGGAGUGUCUGAAUCUACUGCAACAGAGUAUGCACCACGGGGGCCAGCAGAAUCAAAAGACGGUAGCUUCGGGGUCUCAACCUGAAUUUAGUAACCAAGAUGUUGUGCCUGGUAUUUUAACACCAAAUUCAAUAUUGCCAAGGGGCCUUCAGAAGACCAUGUUAGCAGAGCACAGCAGGCCCCCUGAUUCGGACAAAGUCAGUAGCACUUCAAGAGACUCCUUCAACACCGUCUCUGCUGGAGAGCAAGAAAACAUCCUGGGAUGGCAAGGGCCCAAAUCACACUCCUCAGAGCAGCUGAAAAAUGGUGCACUUGGCUCUCUGCCAUCAGCUGGUACCAGCACGUCAUGGGCAAUUACACCAAACGUGGCUCAAGAUGGUCAGACGCUGCCUCCGGAUCCUGAGGAUACAGGCCCUCAGUUAAUCCCAGUGGAAGAUGAAGUAACAGACACGGAAGAUAAUGAAGAAGAGGAUUUAGGAGUCCUGGAGGAUCAACGCAGCAUAAUUCUUCAUCUCAUUUCACAGCUCAAACUUGGCAUGGAUCUCACCCGGGUAGUGCUCCCAACAUUCAUUCUGGAGAAAAGAUCCCUGCUGGAGAUGUUUGCCAAUUUCAUGGCCCAUCCAGACCUGUUUUUGUCAAUUGCAGCUGGCGCCACCCCAGAAGAAAGAGUAAUCAGCUUUGUGGAGUAUUAUCUCACAUCUUUCCAUGAAGGUAGAAAGGGAGCCGUCGCCAAGAAGCCCUAUAACCCAAUCAUUGGGGAAACGUUUCACUGCUCCUGGCACGUCCCCCGGGACAAGGUGACAUCGCACAGAACUAGCAAGACUCCCUCGACUGCGGCCAGGGCCCAGGCCGGCCCGGCCACGGGCCCGGAGGAGCGGGAUCGGGCCGACGGGACGGAUGAGUCGGUUCGGGUCGACGGGACCGAGAAGCGGGAUCUGGCCGAUGGAUACAAGCUGAGCUUCGUAGCCGAACAAGUGUCUCAUCACCCGCCGGUUUCUUGCUUUUACUGUGAGUGCAAGGAGAAGAGAAUCUGCGUGAACACUCACGUGUGGACCAAAAGCAAGUUCAUGGGAAUGUCCAUAGGGGUUUCCAUGGUAGGUGAAGGGGUUCUUAACCUGUUGGAGCACGAAGAGGAGUACGUGUUCACCUUGCCCAGUGCCUACGCACGCUCUAUCCUCACUGUCCCGUGGGUGGAACUUGGCGGGAAGGUCAACAUCAACUGUGCCAAGACCGGCUACUCCGCUACAGUCACCUUUCACACCAAGCCUUUCUACGGGGGCAAAGUCCACAGAGUCACAGCAGAGGUGAAACACAACCCUACCAAUACGAUUGUGUGUAAGGCACAAGGGGAGUGGAACGGCACCUUGGAAUUCACCUACAGCAAUGGAGAAACCAAAGUCAUCAACACUACAACCUUGCCAGUUAUCCCAAAGAAGAUCAGACCAGUGGCAAAACAAGGACCAUUUGAAUCAAGGCACCUCUGGCAGCAUGUCACCAGUUCCCUGAAAUCUGGCAACAUCGACGCAGCCACCAAAUACAAGCACCAUCUGGAGGAGCGGCAGCGGACAGAGGAGAAGCAGCGGGCGGCAGUCGGCGCCCCGUGGAAACCCAAAUAUUUUACCAAGGAGGGUGAUGGCUGGACGUUCUUCAAUCCCCUGUGGAAGUCACACUGACCAGACUAAAGUGCAGUGUUCUCCAAAGAAUCAGACAUCUUUGAGCCAUUAAAGUGGUGCGGUGUCUACAGUCAGGCGGUUUGGGCUAUGUCUGUGGUGAUCUUCCAAGGGAGAAAAGGAGACACUAUAUGCUGUGAAUGAGACAUCCAACACAGCUAGGUGGUUGAAAUUAUUCAAGAGCCAUUUUCUGCAUGUGUGAGUAUACAUGUGGAUGAUGCUAUGUGCACAGGAAGGCACUCUAAACACACACACACACACACACACUGGGUAUUCACAUGUAAAUAUGCACACUCUAAGUAAUUAAGUUGAAAUUAUGGUUACACUUUUAUUAGUACUCUCUGAGAUUUUUCUAUUUUUCACUUUGCCAAAAACUUUUUGCACUUAACAGUAUGUGAUUUGUUCCUGGGAAUCACCUCCUCGUCCAAAUAGCGGUGAACGGAUGGUCUUCAUUGACCGCCUGAAUGCCAGGAGUUCGUUCUUCUGGGGAUUCGUUUCCAAGCACGUCCUUGUCUCCUUUUCCGUUUGUAUUUUCGUUGACCUGUCCCGUGACACGAGCGGCAAUACUGUCUCUUGAGUUCUCACCCGUACCAUUUCUUUGGGCGAGCCUGUUGGCAUUUUCGAGCGAUGCUGUCCAUUUUGCACGUUCGCCGGGGAGCUCUCCACUUAGGGCACGAGGGAACUUGGGGCGAGAAAGCCACGGGCAGGGAGUGCCAAAGCCGGCCGGGUCGGGCUGGUCCGGGAAGGUAAAGAACCAUUUAUUUGAUACUCGACAGCUGGACUUGAACUGCCUGGGUAGGUUUUCUUCCUUUUCCCCUACUUGAUUUCUGAUGGGGACAGACCCUCCAUCUAACCUUUCAGAAGCUGCUCUUUUUUUGCAGAAAAUGAAUCAUUUUGAAACUUAACUACUUUGGGAGUGAAAUUAAGGGCUUUGGAAAUGAAACAUACACACGAUUUAGUGUUGGGGUUGACUUGGGGGUCAGGGUUUUUUUUAAUGCACCUUUCUAGUUUGAGUUGAAUUCUGCAUAGAAACCACUGUGACACUAGAAACACAAGGAACCUGAACCAACCCAAACAUAUUAACAGCUUCAGUUGUAUUUCGGUUCUUAGCUUUUACAAGUGGGGUAUCAAAUUCUAGUUUAAAAGGAAGAGAACAUAGAUGAGGAUAAAAUAUCAUGACGUAUUUAACUGAUUUCUGCUCUAUGCUUAACUUAUUUUUUAUUGUACCUCUCAAAUGGCAAUAUUUAUAAAA